AUGACGUCCAAAAAAGAUCGUUGCGAAGAGAUAAUCACCACGCAGUUGUCUCCAGCGCCAUCAAGCAAGACGAUACAGCAAAAUCCCGACGAUACCGGACACGCAGUCCUAGAGAGACGAGUAUUGCGAAAAGUCGAUUUUUGGCUCGUGGGAUUCUAUUCACUCGUAUACAUUUUCCGAGUCAUCGACUCCAACAACUACGCCAAUGCCGCUAUCAUCAACCUCGAAUCCGGCACCGGCAUCAAGAAAGAGCUCCAUCUUGAUGCCUCACAAUGGUCAUGGUCUCAGUCAAUUUUCUCAUACAGUUAUCUCAUCUUUGAGCCAAGCAAUACGCUUCUUCUCAAGUACUUCAAGCCCUCAAGAUGGAUGUUCGUUUUGAUCUUAGCUUGGGGUAUAUGUGCAUGCUCAGCUGGCGCUGCACAGAACUUUUCAGGGAUGAUGUGUGUGCGAUUUGCGAUCGGAAUGGCUGAAGCCGGAUUUUAUCCUGCCGUACUCUAUCAUAUGGCAUUCUGGUAUAAGACCUCAGAGAUGCCGUGGAGAGUGGCUCUAUUUUACUCACUGGGUCAAGUAUCAGGCGCAUUGAGUGGACUUCUAGCAUAUGCUAUCGGUUUCAUGAAUGGAAUUGGUGGGCUUUCAGGUUGGAGAUGGCUUUUCAUCCUUGAAGGUCUUCCUGCAAUUGUGCUCUCUGUUGUCGCGUUGUUUGGUCUUCCAGAUUACCCUGAAACAGCACGCAUGCUGACGGAGGAGGAGAGAUUGUUUUGGAAGAGUCGUUUAUCCACUAAAGCACCAUCUGGGGAAGGAGAAAGCUGGGACUGGGGUAGUAUCAAAGCUCUCUUCUCCAAAGCUACUACUUAUACCUUUUCCCUAUACUGGAUUGGUCAUGGGAUUGGCGGAUUUGGUGUGACCUAUGCCUUGCCCACUGUCAUUUAUGAUCUUGGGUUUACAUCGACGGCUUCAGCUCAGCUGAUGAAUAUUCCUCCAUAUGUUGCCUGCUUUUUCUUUCUCAACACAAUGGGAUAUUUACUCCAUAAGAAAUUGAUUCGGCCUUGGACUACUGCAGUUGCGAUCGAAUCUACAACAAUCAUCUGCUACAUAAUUCUCAUCACUGUCCCGAGCUCAGUUGUCAAGUAUCUUGCACUGGUUGUAGCAACCGCCUGUGCAGGCUCUGCGUACCCCGUCAUCUGGCCAGAGCGUAUUCGUGCGCUCGACGGUACAAGCGCCACAGGAAUUGGCAUAGGUCUAACGAACGCGAUGGCACAAUUUAGUGGCAUCUGUGGACCUUUCAUAUACAGUACUGUAUUUGGUCCCAAGUACCGAGUGUCAUAUGUUAUCUGCCUUUGCUUUCUUUGUGUCGCUAUAUCGGGUAUUCUGGCCUCGUGGUGGCUUGUCUGGAAUGCUGAUAACAAGAGAGGUGCUGAGUCUACUGAUGAGUCUCAAACUGAGUCUCAAAAUGAGUCAUGA